GGAAAAGAAAAAUUGGUGCAUCCAUAGAUACGAGAGGAAGGAAUGUGAAAACGCGUUGUUUCUUUUCUCCUGCGUGCUUUUCUACUCGUCGAAACCAGGCUUUGUCUAACGCGACUCGCUCUCGUUCGAUUUCUCACUAUCGAUAAGGAUAAAUGCUAUUUUCCUAUUCUCGAACGCCGCAUUCAGUCGAAAAACGCGAUGUUUUACCUGGCUGUCGACGUUAACGUACCUGUGAAAUCCCAUUGUAAACGAGUAUCCAUAGGAUCGGUUUGAGAAUGAAAGAACGUUAAAGCGUUCCUAACGAAGGUACAAAACUGAUAAAGUUGGAAACGAUGGCAAGACGUUUGUCGCGUUUCUCAAGGUAUAGCAGGGUCAUGGUGUAACGCGAAAGAAGAUUGGAAAUCCGAGAGCGGUAGGCGAGACGUUCGGACAUCGGUAACGAAUGGCGGUAACGUGGAAAAUGUUGGAAAUGACGAUAUGCUUAGGGAAAAGACAGGUGGGGCGCAAAGAAAAAGAAAGGAUGGUAGUGCGGAGAAUUCGCCGGUGGCGAUGAAAAUUUUAUUAGUGACGCGUUUUAUCGGCCGCUGCUUUUCUACGGAGAAAGAAAGACGAGAAUAUGGAAGCGAGAAGAGAAGGAAACUGUUCUGGAAGAUUUCAGAGUGUUCCCCCUAGAAACGCGGUUCUGACUGGAAGACUAGGCAGGAGGGGAGAAGCCGUUUCCGCUUACGUUUUCCCGGAGAAAGAGCUGGUUGGUCGUCUCGAGAAUGACGGUACGACGGUACAGACGCGGACGGUACGAUGGGUACGAUGGUACGACGAAAGGAAAAAGUCCGAGAAGAGCCGAGGAAGAACGUCGAUAACGUUGGAAAAACGUAAAACGCGCACCGACCAGGAGGAAAAGGAAACGCCGCGUGUAGUAUAAGGAGAGGAAGAGAGGAGAAAGAGAGAGGGUAGAAGCUUGCCAUCGAGCGAACCGAGAAAACGGAGUGCCCGAGCGGUGGAGAGAGAGAGAGCGGAAGAGAGGAUAGGAUAGGAGAGCUGUGCAGAGAGGAUAGGAGAGGAGAGGAGAGGAGAGGAGAAAAAGAGAGAAGGGUGGCGGAGACCGUGGAAGAAAAGGGGCCACGAGAAAAUAGCGUCUUCGCCUCGUGGGGAGGGAACGAGGGAACGAGUAAAUGGAGCCAACGCGCGGUGAAAGAGGGAACGAGAGACGAGGAGGGUCGAGAAAGGAACGACGAAACGACCGAGGGACGAGGAGGGCCAGAGAAAAGAAAAGAAGGAGAUGGAACGAGAACGAUACGAGGGUAGAAGAAGAGGGGAGCAGGCGCUCGUCUACUCCACGAAUGGCAGAGAGACAGACGGGGAAAAAGAAAGAGGAUGGGAUCCGAGGGAGGCGAGGUGAAAUUGGACACAAAAAGCUCGAAGAAAAAUUGAGAUGAAUCGUGGAAGGGAAGAUGGAAGGGAGGAUUCUCUGAAAGGGAGAGACCAACGCAGUGUCCUUCUUCGAGACCGCGAAAGAAAGCGCGAACACACGAGGGAUGAACGUUCACCGAUACGAUAUAUUUAUUGCCAAUUUUAAUAAUCGCUAAGCGAGAUUCGAUCGCCCGCUCUCUGUGUAUUUCUGUUCGCGUGCGUGUCUCCAUCUGCGACACCCAAUAUAAGAACGUAGCUGGCGUUGCUGUUUUUGUUGAUCGGUGUUGUUGCUGGUUUCGUUACUGGUUUCGUUACUGUGACCGCUACUGGUGCCGCAAAUACGUCGAUCGUCGGCGGCAUGGCCGGGCAGCACUACUGCCUGCGCUGGAAUAACUAUCAGUCGAACAUGACGUCCGUUUUCCACCAACUCCUUCAGACGGAAGCUUUCGUCGAUGUUACCUUAGCAUGCAACGAAGCUUCUUUAAAGGCACACAAGGUGGUACUAUCGGCGUGCAGUUCCUACUUUCAAAAGCUUCUACUUUCAAAUCCCUGCAAACAUCCGACAAUCAUUAUGCCCCAAGAUGUGUGCUUCAAUGAUCUCAAGUUCAUCAUAGAAUUCGUCUACAGAGGAGAGAUCGACGUUUCGCAAGCCGAACUUCAGUCACUGUUAAAAACAGCCGAUCAGCUAAAGAUCAAAGGACUGUGCGAGGUACCUGAAAGCAGAGACGGGCCACCAUCGGUAAGUCUGAGUUCGCCGCCAAGAGAACCCGGUACUCCUAGAAUAAAUUUCACCAAGUUGAAGAGACAUCAUCCAAGGUAUAAGAGGCCCAGAACCACGUUCGAACCUCGCGCUACGGAUUCGAGGCAUUACGAUCGAUACAAAGAAGAGGAAUCGAACGAAAACUACGAUUGGGAGAACAAAGAGAAUCACAUAGACUGGCAACCCGAAGAUGAGGAGUGCACGGAGGCAACCGCGGGAGCAGUAGUCUUGGAAACUUGCCAACGUAGCAGUAACAAUAGUACCACUACUGGCACCACCAAUAAUAACAAUAACAACAACAACAACAACAACAAUAAUAACAACGCUAGCAGCAACGGCAACGGUAACAAUACGAGCAACAACAAUAACAACGGUGACAUGUUUUGUCAUACAGGCCUCGGUCAUUACGGUCAUCAUCCGGAUCCCGGAGAGGUUGACCUACCUCCAGAAACUCAACCUACACCACCAAGUGCCACGUUGGUCGGUACUACGAUUACACAUUUAAGGGACCCGGAUCAUCAUUCCACAGAGAUCCAAAAUUGUGACAGUGUAAAGAUCAAGUUCGAAACAUUGCACACGAUGGAUUCGUCGGACACGAUCGAUAUCGAUAGCCACAUGUCGGAUCGAGCGAGCGUCAGUUCAAAGAACGCGGCCGAUAGCGACAACAUGAUGAUGAUCACACCGGAGUUGCUUGGAUUAAUGCCUUCUGGAAGUUCGGUUCACUCGGAUUCCGGUGAAAAUAACUCAAGGGGUCACCCCGGACAGUCCAGCUCUCAUCAUCAUGGUUCGAAAUCGUGGACGCAAGAGGAUAUGGAUGCCGCUUUGGAAGCCUUACGAAAUCACGAUAUGAGCCUUACGAAAGCCUCCGCAACGUUCGGUAUACCCUCGACGACUUUAUGGCAAAGAGCGCAUCGACUGGGCAUCGACACUCCAAAAAAAGACGGGCCUACUAAGUCGUGGAGUGACGAGAGUUUAAACAGCGCGUUAGAAGCGUUACGGACCGGAACGAUAUCGGCGAACAAAGCUUCAAAGGCGUUUGGUAUACCGUCGAGUACCUUGUACAAAAUCGCGAGAAGAGAAGGUAUCAGGCUGGCUGCGCCAUUCAACGCAAGUCCCACAACGUGGUCGCCCGCCGAUCUAGAUCGCGCUCUCGAAGCGAUACGUUCUGGUCAAACGUCAGUACAGAGAGCUUCCACGGAAUUCGGUAUACCGACGGGAACCUUAUAUGGUCGAUGCAAAAGAGAAGGCAUUGAACUCAGUAGGAGUAAUCCUACACCGUGGAGCGAGGAUGCUAUGACCGAAGCUCUCGAAGCUGUCAGGUUAGGCCAUAUGAGCAUCAACCAAGCGGCUAUUCACUACAACCUGCCCUACUCUUCCUUAUAUGGUCGCUUCAAAAGAGGAAAAUACGAAGAACCAGCGGUGGGUGAAAUAUCGCAAGACGGUAGCAGUCCUCACUUUCAUCAAAGCCCGAGUCAAAAUCAUUCGUCCGCUGUACCCGAUCAAAUGCCGUACCAAGGCAGCUGAAACUUGCCUCUUUAUUAGAUUCGUUCCAGUUUAUUUCAAAUUUUUCAAUUUCUUGCUGCGAUUUUGCAAUUUAUACUCAACGUAUCGUUCUUUGAACGAGAGCGAACGACGAACGAUAACGAUAGUCAUCGACCAAAAACGCGUUUUAUCGUGUGAGAACGAUUGGCGAACGAAUUCUUCUCGACAAUUUAAAGCCGGAAACAGAAACUUGUGACAUCACGAAACAGUACGGUGACAACCGAAGGGUCGAAAUGUGACUAAACUAGUAGAUACGAGACAUGAUCAUCUCUCUCGAGGGAAUGACCGUGAAGGGUUUGCAGUAUUACAGAUGGAUUGUCGUAAGCAAAUAUUAUGUAUAUUGUAUGACUGUUAUGUCGAAUCGGAAACGUAGAUUAAUUAUAAUUUAUAAGAAUUAUUUAUAAAAAAGAAAAAGUGCUGUACAGUCGGAAUAAUACCGAUGAACCUACCGUAGUGUGUAAGUUGCCGAUGCGAUGGGCCAAUAGAAGACAUUCAAGAGAAGAUAUAAAACAUUCUAAGAACCAAUGUCUUUUAUGUUAGCAAUUUUGAUGAAAAAUUCUCUGUUAACUCGAUCUUCAUUUUCUUUUCUUUAUUGGUCGGCUACAUUAUUUUUAUAACUUUAUUAAAUAAAACUUUUACAAAAUUAUUCACUAUUUACCACACGAUCAAACACUAUAUAUAAAAGUAAUAAGAAGAUUUUGUUGAAAAACUAAAAUAGAUUCAAACUAAAAUAUAAACAGGUGCGUCGUUGCAUUUCAAAUCGUUCUAAGAUUCAAUUAUUUUCUUACGUCUCACCAAUAAUUUGUUCGGUGAGACGAUGAAAUAUUGUAUACGUGUUUCGAAUGGUUUUCUUUGCAUUUAUAUUUACAUUGCAAAGUUUCAAAUUUCAACUCUACGUAUACAACUCUAUUUACAUCAAGAGGAAGUAAAAAUAUUUUCAACAUUUUUUCAAAGAUAUGAAAUCAACAGAA